AUGGGAUCAAAUAAGCAGAAGAAAGCGGCGAAAGAAAAGCCACCAGCUUCGCCAUGCGGUUCUUCGAGCUCGGGAGAAAUCAGGGAUGAUAGCGAUGGUGAAGCUGAGGAUACUACUCGUGUAGCUCAGUCGGAAACUACAAAAAAUGGUUUUAUUGAAUAUAACAGAAGAGAAUUUAAAAGGGAUUUUCACGUCAGUCGAGAACGUGAUCCACCACAACGGUUUGAUCCAGAUAAUGAUUAUCGACAUCCACAUUUGACGCCUGAACAAAUAUGUCUUCGCGUACGAAAAAUUCCUGCACCAGAUGUGCUGGUAGAACUAAGUGAUGUAGGUUUGCGCCAUUUAUUAUCCGAUGUGCACGAGUUGGAUCGGGAACAAAUUCGACUUUCCAACAAUCGUCGAAAAUUAUUGGAGCAAAUGCGCCAAAUGCAUAAGCAAGAAAUAGGAUCGUUGCGGGAAUGUAUGGAAACGUUGAAGAGAUUGAUGAGUGAACGUGGAAUGAAUUUAUUAGCCACUCAUAUCGGACAAGAUGUGAUGGAAUUUCUGCAUGAAAAAGAUCAAACUUUUAAUGCAGGAAGUAUACCGUUAUCGACAAAGAUGCAGGAUCCAUCGUCGGAAUCAUGCCGUGGUUACGGUGUUUUUCCGAAAACUCAAAGCUUUGCGCAGAAUUCUCUGCCACCGCGACCAAAUUUCGUUCCGGAACGUUCUGGCCCUUUCAGUUAUUCUCCAGUUGCAUCAACAGUACCUGGACCACUCAUUUUACCACCUCCAGAUUUCUCAGUUCCUCCACCAUUUCCCACUCAUGCAUUACAAGCAGGAAACGAUCAAGGAUUCGAAGGCCCGGGUACAUCGGCUAUUGACACUCGAGAUGUCUCGGUAAUUCCAUAUUUUAUUUGGAAAUUUGUCCUUAGCAAGAAAUACUUUGAUUUUAAAAAGCACUUACAGUGCAGUCUACUAAAAUGA